AUGCCUGUCAAACCAAAUUGCGUGCGUGAACGUUGGUUCUUAGGUUGGUGGGUGCCCUCCUCCUUUGCUAACUGUCUUCACUUCAGAGUUUAUUCAAUGGAACCGUAUAAUCCCCGCAUUCCACCUGAAGAUUCAGAUGAAUCUGAAGCGGAUCUCCGGGUGAUUUCCGAAGAGGAAUUUCUCAUGUUAGUACUGGAAGAGAUUCUGCGUCUUAAUCCUGUUCUACCAUCUACCGGGUGGAUAUAUAGAACCAUUAUGCUUGAGGAACAAAUCGAAGAUGUCGGUCCCAGAACAAGAACGUUGUGA